UCUAAAACGUAUUAAUACAAUUUCAUCAAUUCAAAUUCAUUUUCGAUUAAAUUCUGUUGAUUUUUUUUUGUGAAAUUAAAAGUAUAUAAUACUACAAAAUGAGUUCACGUGGACGAUCACGUGCACGUUCCGGUUUUCGUGGUAUGGCCAGUUCUUCUGGUCAACCAUCACAACGAGAACAAUUAGAAUCUAAAGAAGAAGAAACUCGUUCACGAAUGUCUGAAUUAUCAAUUCAAGAACAAAGUGAUAGAACCAUACAAGAACUUCAAUCGACAAGAAUCUCUUCAGUUGUUUCUGGUGAAGAAAAAGAUGAUUAUCGCUCCAGUAGUCGACGCGAUGAUGAACGUGAACGAAGUUAUGGUGAACGUGGUACCGGACGUGGAAGUGGAUAUGGCGAACGAGAAAGCUAUGGUGAACGGGGUACCGGACGCGGAGCUGGAUACGGCGACCGUGGUGGCGAACGCGAAAGCUAUGGUGAACGAGGUACCGGACGCGGAGCUGGAUACGGCGACCGUGGUGGCGAACGCGAAAGCUAUGGUGAACGAGGUACCGGACGCGGAGCUGGAUACGGCGACCGUGGUGGCGAACGCGAAAGCUAUGGUGAACGAGGUACCGGACGCGGAGCUGGAUACGGCGACCGUGGUGGCGAACGCGAAAGCUAUGGUGAACGGGGUACCGGACGCGGAGCUGGAUACGGCGACCGUGGUGGCGAACGCGAAAGCUAUGGUGAACGAGGUACCGGACGCGGAGCUGGAUACGGCGACCGUGGUGGCGAACGCGAAAGCUAUGGUGAACGGGGUACCGGACGCGGAGCUGGAUACGGCGACCGUGGUGGCGAACGCGAAAGCUAUGGUGAACGAGGUACCGGACGCGGAAGUGGAUAUGGCAGCCGUGGUGGCGAACGCGAAAGAAGUGGAUAUAGUGACCGUGGAAGAAUUGGUUCCGGUACUCGUGGUAUAAGCAGUGGUGCUGGUGGUGAUCGUAUGGCACCGCGAAACUUUACAUCAUAUCCGGAAUCCGAAGCGUAUGACAUUGUAUUGCCCAACGAAAUUGAACAUGGCGUCAAAGGACGUAAAAUUGAACUAUUGGCUAAUUACAUGCGAAUCAGUAUAAAGCCGACCAUGGUCUAUCAUUAUAACAUUGAUUUCAAUUUCAAAGAUGAUGAAGAACGUGUCGCAAUCAAUGCUAAUAAUGAACGGAAGCAAAAAUAUUUUGCUAAUAAUGCUUUAGAAUUGGUUACUCGAUUUAUUGAAAUAAACGAUGAAAAAAUGAGACAAUUAAAUGAAUUUGUCUAUGAUAUUGGAAAGAAUAUCUACACUACUAAAGAAAUAGAUUUAAACGAAUUGACCAAGAAUUUCGAAGCUAAUAUUGGUGGUCAAAGAAAACGAUUUGUUGCCAAAAUUGUCAAUGUACAAAAAAUUGAUUUAACACAAAUUGUGGACUUUUAUGAAGGCCGUACAUCGGAAGCACCACAAGUGAUCAUACAUUUUCUUGAAUUAUUAAUACAAAAUGUAUCCUUGUCAAAAUUUCAUCCUCAUCGACGUAAUUUAUUCGAUAUUGAAUCCGGUGUUAUCCGUAGCCCAAAAAAUUUUGUUAAAUUUGUACAAGGUUUUAGUACGGCCGUACAUUUAACCGAAAUGGGACCAUCGUUGAAUCUACAUCUAAAAACAUCAUGUAUGAUUUCAUUGGAAGCUGAUACAUUAUUACAAUUAGUGGCCAUGAUUUCCGAAGGUCGUGAUCCGCAACAUUUAAAUCCAAAUGAAAUUGAAAAUAUUAGCAAAAUUAUUCGUGGAUUAGCAGUGAAUACUGAUUAUACUGGCCGUAAACAAAAAUAUAUAGUGAAAGCGUUUGCAGCACGACGACCACAUGAAGUAACAUUUAUGAUGAAAAAGAAUGGCACUGAUGAAGAAACACCCAUUUCUGUUCAUGAUUAUUUUCUCACGAAAUAUAGAAUAUCAGUGAAAGAUUAUCCGGUCGUUCAAAUGUGUGGUAAACGUGAUACAGUCAUUCCAUUGGAACUAAUUUAUUUGGUAGAGAAACAAUUUUUGAACAAUUCAAAAAUCGAUUCCAUCAUACAGAAUGAAUUAUUACGUACGGCCACUCAUAAACCAUUGAUUUAUUUCAAUCAUUUAUCACGAUUUACACAAGAAAUUGUCAAAAGUAAUCCGGAACGAAUGGCUCAAUUUGGUACUGAUCUUUCACCAAAACCUGUUCGCUUUUGUGGCCGUGUUUUGGAUGAACCACGUGUACGUGGUGGCAACCGUAAUGAACGUUUUGCAUCGGCUUCUGUAGCUAGAUGGGCAUUCUUUAGCUUUGACGAGAAAUUCGGUGAACGCGAUGUGGAUAGUAUUGUAUUAGAAUUGAAACAAACAGGUAAUCGUUUUGGUAUGAAUUUAUCGAAUUGCAUUGAAAAACAAGUGGUGCCAAUCGAUAAUCGAAGUCUGGAUGUGGUAAAAAAUGUUUUUGCAAACAUUUUGAAAAAAUUGCCCAAUCUUAACUUGUUGUUUGUAGCAUUGCCUCACAUUCCAUUCUUGUACAAUGCUGUCAAACAUUUUGGUGAUCAAAAAUUCGGUAUUGUCACACAAUGUUUGUCCGUAAUGAAGGCUAAACGACGUAAUCGUGGUUAUAUUGAGAAUCUUUUGCUUAAAGUUAAUGGAAAACUUAAUGGUCAAAAUAGCUUUAUUGAACGCCAAGAUCUUCAAUCGUUAUCAAUUGACCAUACUAAAACUAUGGCCAUUGGUGUUGAUGUUAAUCAUCCGAGUUACACGGAAAAAGUCCAAAGUUCAAUUGCUUGUGCAAUUGGAAGCUAUGACCAUGAAUUCACCCGUUAUUCGGCCAGUGUACGUGUUCAAAAACGUGAAAAAGAAGAAAUGAUCUAUGUACUUGAAGAAAUGGUUGAUGAAUUGUUGGAUGAAUAUGAAAAGCGUAACAAAUAUUUACCGGAGAAUUUUGUCAUUUUUCGUGAUGGUGUUUCCGAUGGACAAUUUAAAUAUGCUGAAAAUGAAAUCAAUCAAAUUCGUACAGCUAUACGACGACGAACAAAAACUGGCAAAUUGGUGUAUAUUGUCACACAGAAAGGUCAUCAAACUCGAUUCGUAUUGCAAAAUCCAAGCGGUUCGGCUGAUCGUCCGGUAUAUAAUGUACCACCAGGUACUGUUGUCGAUCAUACAAUUACCGAUCCAACCAAAUGUAUGUUCUUCAUGAAUUCACAUUUCUCAUCAUUGGGAACAUCACGUCCAAUGAAAUACGUCGUGUUACAUAAUGAUUAUGAACGACGAAAAAUGAACAUGGAUGAUUUGGAGAAACUUUGUUUCUAUCUAUGUCAUAAUUGUACUCGUUUUCGUGGACCAAUUGCAAUGCCCGUUCCGGUUCGUUAUGCUGAUCUUUGUGCUUAUCGUUCAAAAUUGCAUUUGGAAGCACAACAUGCUAGUAAAAAUAUACCGGCCGAAAGUCAAGAAGAAUUUGAACGUCAUGUCAUUUCACAAUUGAAUAAAUUGGUGAAAUUGAAUGAUAAGAUCAAAAAUUCACUUUUCUAUUGUUAAACAAACAUAUAUGUAUGAUUCACAUCUAACAAAAACAAAAAAAAUCUACAAUACACGAUUAUCAUCUUUAUAAUUAUCA